CGUUCCUUCCCCAUCCAGAGCCGAGCGGGGCCGCGGCGGGAGCUGUGAGUUACAACCAUUUCAGAGUUUCCAAUAAAAACUCACCGUUCUUGAAAUGCAAAGCCUGAAAAAUGAAACAAGUGUACAGUGGGAAUUCUUGUUGCCAGCACUGAUCUGGACAUAAGUUAUCAGAGGGUGUAGCAAAACUAGCAACAGAAAUAACCUUUGGCUCUAUAGCCCCGCUGUGCAUUAAUUGGUCAUGGCAACAAAGUUUUGCUUUUAAACCCAUCUGCUAAGGAAACCUUUCCAGAAAUGUGAGAUUAUAAUGCUACUUUUCUUAAGAAGUUGUGAGGCCUUAAUACAGUGUACACAGAUGAGACGCUGAAAUAGGAGAGAGUCCAGUUCCUGCUGAUCAGUGGAGAUGAGGAAUCAGAAGAUAUCAUGGCAGCCCAUCAGGAGAAGAAACUUGCUCAAGAAAGAAAACACAAACCCACCCAAAAUGAUACUCAAACCUCUCAAGUGCAGUGGGGAAGAGCAUGGGAGGUGGAUUGGUUUUCCUUGGCAAGCAUCCUUUUCCUGCUCCUGUUUGCCCCACUGAUUGUGUAUUACUUCAUCAUGUCCUGUGACCAGUACCAGUGCUCUCUGACUGAUCCCCUCAGGGACUUGCUCACAGGGAACAAACAUCUGUCUGACAUCUGGAACAGGACUCCCACACUGACCUACAGGGCUGCUGGCAUCUAUUCCCUUUGGGUGGCUUUCCAGGUGGUUUUGUAUGUGUUCAUUCCUGAUUUCUGCCAUAAAUUUCUUCCUGGAUAUGUGGGAGGUGUGCAGGAAGGUGCUGUCACCCCUGCUGGUGUAGUGAAUAAAUAUGAAAUCAAUGGACUUCAGGCCUGGAUCAUUACCCAUGUGCUUUGGUUUGCAAAUGCCUAUUACUUCCACCUCUUCUCCCCUACCAUCAUUUUUGACAACUGGAUUCCUCUGCUGUGGUGUGCCAAUAUCCUGGGAUAUGCAGUUUCCACGUUUGCCAUGAUUAAAGGCUACUUCUUCCCUACCAAUGCCAAAGACUGCAAAUUCACUGGCAACUUCUUUUACGACUACAUGAUGGGCAUUGAAUUUAACCCUCGAAUAGGAAGGUGGUUUGAUUUCAAGCUCUUCUUCAAUGGGCGCCCUGGGAUUGUAGCCUGGACUCUAAUUAACCUUUCCUAUGCUGCCAAACAACAGGAGCUGUAUGGCCAAGUGACAAACUCCAUGAUCCUUGUCAAUGUCCUUCAGGGUAUUUAUGUUGUGGACUUCUUUUGGAACGAAGCCUGGUAUUUGAAAACCAUUGAUAUCUGCCAUGAUCAUUUUGGAUGGUAUUUAGGCUGGGGAGACUGUGUCUGGCUGCCUUACCUCUAUACUCUGCAGGGUUUGUAUUUGGUUUACCACCCCGUCCAGCUGGGCACAGCCAAUGCCGUGGGGGUGUUGAUGUUGGGCUUGAUUGGCUACUACAUCUUCCGAGCUACCAACCACCAGAAGGACCUUUUCCGUCGUACAGAGGGCAACUGCAGGAUCUGGGGGAAGAAACCCGAGUACAUCGAGUGCUCCUACAUGUCCGUGGAUGGCACAAAGUACUACAGCAAGCUGAUGACCUCGGGAUUUUGGGGGUGGGCUCGUCACUUCAACUACACAGGAGACCUGCUGGGCUCGCUGGCCUAUUGCCUGGCCUGUGGGUUUGCACACAUCUUGCCAUACUUCUACAUCAUUUAUAUGACCAUUCUGCUCACCCACCGCUGUGUCAGGGACGAGCACCGUUGUUCCAGCAAAUAUGGGAAGGACUGGACGCGCUACACCUCUGCGGUGCCCUACCGGCUCAUCCCUGGGGUAUUUUAAGGCUGACACAGAAUCCAGGGAAAAGAAAGAAGAAAAGGGUUGGGGGUUUUUUUGUUUUGUUUUGUUUUGGUUUUUUUUGAGGUGAAUGAAGUUUAUUCACACAGGUAAACUAACACCAAGGUUGUGUGAAGGACAUUCUGUGCUGUUCUGAAGGAGAAAAGGCAGCUGGACAAUAAUCCUUGCUGUACUGAAGGAACUUGCAGGCAACGCUGUGCUUAAAGUAAAUGAAAUGAGGCACUGAAAUGCCUCGUUUUUUAGAAAACUCUUCUACCUGGAAUUCCCUCCUGUACCUCCCCAGUUCCCAGAUUACCUUGGAGAUGAAAAGUUACAUGUACUGAGAGUCCUGAAAUCCCCCAGCGCUGGGAGAUGGCCUUACCUUUCCCAGUAGCAGAGUUCUGGAACCAGUUUCCAGUGAUUUAGGAGAGGAGGAAAGUAGUUCUGUGAUGUCUUUAUGAAAGAAGCUGUCUGCUGCAGUUGCUUGUGACAGUCAGAACCUACAGUCAGUAACAAGCCCAGAGGAGGAUUUAUUGUUUGUUGCUUUUUGGAGAAAUACCGAACUGGAGACAGUGAUGUGAAAUCAUGGUUAGAAUCUAAAGGAAAUGUUUGUGAAAGCUGGUAUAAAUUAGUCUAGCUCAAAAGUGACAUUCUCAGCCCCUGAAAAUAUGGUAUGUGAUCAACUGAGUAUUAAUUUGAUGCUGAAACCAAAUCUUGCUUUGUGCAGAUACUGAGCUCUGCUGGUUUGGGCUGGGGUAGAGUUAAAUUUCUCAUAGUAGCUGGUAUAGGGCUGGUUUUGGCUUUGUGCUGAGACUGUUGAUAAUGCAGAUGUUCUCCUCAUUGCUGAGCAGUAUUUACAGUGUCAGGGCCUCUUCUGCAUCUCACCCACCAGGGAGUGGGCUGGAGGUGUACAAGCAGUUGGGAGGGGACACAGGUGGGACAGCUCUGUGGCAUCAUGCUCAGGCAAGAAAGAAGGGGGGAUUGUUCAGAGUGGUGCUGUUUGUCUUCCUCAGUCACUGUUACAUGUGAUGGAGCCCUGUUUUCUUGGAGGUGGCUGAACACCUGCCUACAGAUGGGAAGUGGGGAAUGGAUUCCUUAUUUUGUUUGUUUGUGUGCACAGCUUUUCCUUUACCUAUUAAACUGUGUUUAUCUCAA